UUUUUGUGAAGAACUCAAAUAAAAAAUGAACGGAGAUAAUCCCGAAGUGAAGUCACUACCUGAAGUUAAAAAAAUCAAAGUGUACGGUACCAGAUGGGUGGUUCUCGCUAUUUUUGUGAUGUAUUCUGCUUCCAACGCUUUCCAUUGGACGAUGUUUUCCAUCAUUGCUGAUGUGAUUACUGAAUAUUAUGGAAUUUCAAUGGCUUGGGUCGACUGGACGACAAUGAUUUACUUUUUGUUGUAUAUUCCGUUUGUUUUUCCUGCCAGCUAUCUUUUGGAAAAGUUGGGUCUGCGAAAAAUUGUGCUGAUAGGAAUGGUUGGCACAUGUGCUGGUACAUGGUUGAAACUAGGCGCAGUCAGUCCAGAUCGCUUCUGGCUAGCUUUCUUGGGGCAAUCUAUAGUGGCUUUCUGUCAAGUUUUCGUGUUGUCAGUGCCUUCCCGACUAGCUGCAGUUUGGUUCGGUCCUGCGCAGGUAUCAUCAGCUUGCAGCAUCGGAGUAUUUGGAAAUCAGUUAGGAAUCGCUCUAGGAUUUAUACUCCCACCACUACUGGUCCCGGCAGGAAAGUCUACAGAUGAAACGACCUACAGUUUGUACGUGUUGAAUGGCUCAGCUUCUGUAAUUCUCACCUUGAUUUUGCUGUUAGUUUUAUUCUGUGAGUAUGAAAAUAUGUGA